UUAUGCCUCUCGAAAUCGGAAAUCGAAAAUCUCUAAUCAGUUUUUUUUUUUUAAGUAGAAGAAGAAAAGUUCUUACGAAGAACCCAGAUUUUGUUAAGAAAUGGAUGUGCCAGAGGAGACGAGGCUUCGCCACAAGCGAGAUUUUAUCCAGUUCCUCGAUAGUAUGUAUAUGGAGGAAAUCAAGGCUUUGGUACAUCAAAAGCGUCACCGUCUCAUUAUUAAUAUCUCUGACAUUCACCACCACUUCAGGGAAGUUGCCUCUAGGAUACUGAAGAAUCCAAAUGAGUAUAUGCAGUCAUUUUGUGACGCAGCCACUGAAGCUACUCGUGCUAUUGACCCUAAAUACUUGAAGGAAGGAGAGCUUGUCCUUGUUGGUUUUGAAGGUUAUUUUGUUUCUCGCGUUGUUACUCCUAGAGAGCUUCUCUCUGAUUUUAUUGGAUCUAUGGUCUGUGUUGAGGGCAUUGUCACCAAAUGCUCUCUUGUGAGGCCAAAGGUUGUUAAAAGCGUUCACUUUUGUCCAUCAACCGGUGAAUUUACCAAUCGAGAUUAUCGAGACAUAACAUCUCACGCUGGUUUACCCACUGGCUCUGUCUAUCCCACAAGGGAUGAUAAGGGAAACUUAUUGGUGACUGAGUAUGGGCUGUGCAAAUACAAAGAUCACCAGACCUUGUCAAUUCAAGAAGUGCCUGAAAAUGCUGCUCCUGGUCAGCUUCCACGAAGCGUUGAUGUCAUUGCUGAGGAUGACCUUGUUGACUCAUGCAAGCCAGGAGAUCGAGUAUCUGUUUUCGGUAUUUACAAAGCUCUUCCUGGAAAAAGCAAGGGUAGUGUAAAUGGAGUCUUUAGGACUAUCCUCAUAGCCAAUAAUAUCGCUCUGCUCAAUAAAGAAGCAAAUGCACCUAUAUACACUAAGCAAGACCUAGAUAACAUUAAAAAUAUUGCACGAAGAGAUGAUGCAUUUGAUCUCCUUGCUCGUUCCUUAGCACCUUCUAUUUAUGGGCACGCUUGGAUAAAGAAAGCAGUAGUUUUACUGAUGCUUGGUGGUGUUGAAAAGAACCUGAAGAACGGAACCCACUUGAGGGGAGACAUCAACAUGAUGAUGGUUGGUGAUCCAUCUGUUGCCAAAUCUCAACUUCUGAGAGCGAUAAUGAAUAUUGCACCUUUGGCUAUAUCAACCACAGGCCGUGGUUCUUCCGGUGUUGGGUUAACUGCUGCUGUGACUUCUGACCAAGAAACAGGGGAACGAAGACUAGAAGCUGGUGCAAUGGUCCUCGCUGAUAAAGGUAUCGUGUGCAUUGACGAGUUUGAUAAGAUGAAUGAUCAGGACCGAGUUGCUAUACACGAAGUGAUGGAGCAACAGACUGUAACAAUUGCAAAAGCCGGUAUCCAUGCAUCACUGAAUGCUAGAUGCAGUGUGGUUGCAGCUGCAAAUCCCAUAUACGGAACUUAUGACAGAUCACUGACUCCAACAAAGAACAUUGGACUUCCAGAUUCGCUGCUUUCUCGUUUUGAUCUACUGUUUAUUGUGUUGGAUCAAAUGGAUGCUGGUAUCGACAGCAUGAUUUCAGAACAUGUCUUGCGCAUGCAUCGUUACAAGAACGAUAGAGGUGAGGCAGGGCCAGAUGGGAGCUUGCCUUACGCGAGAGAAGACAAUGCUGAGAGUGAAAUGUUUGUUAAGUAUAACCAAACACUACAUGGGAAGAAGAAAAGAGGCCAAACACAUGAUAAAACCCUUACGAUUAAGUUCUUGAAGAAGUACAUUCAUUACGCCAAGCACCGUAUUACACCAAAGCUCACUGAUGAAGUGAGACAGUGAACUCAAAUAUAUAAAUUUUUAUGUAUCUGAUAAUCUCUUCCACUAAAUCUCUUUUGUUAUUAAAUUUGCAGGCAUCGGAACGUAUUGCAGAAGCAUAUGCAGAUCUCAGAAAUGCAGGUUCCGAUACUAAGGUAAUUUAUUUCAUAAAAUAACAUUGGACACUGUAUCUUUUUCGUCUUGGGAACUUGUAUUUGACACAACCAUCGAAAUCUCUGCAGACUGGAGGUACGCUUCCGAUAACAGCCAGAACUCUAGAGACAAUAAUUCGUCUUGCUACGGCACAUGCCAAAAUGAAGUUGAGUAGCGAGGUAACAAUCUAACUCAAAUCUUCUGUUUCCCCACCUGGUCGUGAAUAUGUUCUAUUCAGAUUCUUUCUAAAGUGAUAACUUUAUUUUGAAAGGUUACUAAAGCUGAUGCAGAGGCUGCCUUGAAGCUUAUGAACUUUGCAAUAUAUCAUCAAGAAUUAACUGAGAUGGAUGAUCGUGAGCAAGAAGAACGUCAAAGGGAACAAGCUGAACAAGAAAGAACACCAAGUGGACGUAGAGGCAACCAACGCAGGAAUAAUGAAGAUGGAGCAGAGAAUGACACUGCAAAUGUCGACAGGUAAACUAAUUUGAUCUCCUCCAUGGAAACCUAUAUCACAGCUUUCUCAACCCUUAUACUUUUUUCUUUCUCUUUUGCUGGUCCAUUCAGUGAAACAGCAGAUCCAAUGGAAGUAGAUGAACCUUCUGUAGAGCAAUUCAGCGGCACGGUCUCUGCAGCAAGGAUUGAAACCUUUGAGCGAGUGUUUGGGCAGCACAUGAGGACACACAGGCUCGAUGACAUCUCUAUUGCAGAUAUAGAGACUGUUGUCAACAACAAUGGGGUUGGAGCAUCUCGUUACUCUGCAGAUGAGAUUAUGGCUCUCUUAGAGAAACUGCAAGAUGAUAACAAAGUGAUGAUCAGCGAUGGCAAAGUUCAUAUCAUUUGAUCAUAUGAAGAAAUCAAUAUUGAUUGCAUCAUCAUCAUCAUAUUAGAACUCAAAAAUAGUGUAGUAGUAAACUCUUGGAAACCAAAAUAUCAUUUUGUAAAAUCUUUAUUCAUACGUUAUGUUUUUUGCAUUUACUAGUGAAGUAAAACUGAUGAUAAAAUGCUUAAAAAAACGCAUCUGAUUAUAAAAUUUGGAAUUUAUAACG